UAUAUUCUGUUUCUCUCAUGAACAGCCAGCCUCACUCCUCCUCUCUCAUCUGCAUCAGAGGUUGGAAUUCGACACUGCCCCAGCUUGGGUAGGAGUGCCUCCGUAAUUUAAGAAAAAGAGAGAAGACAAGCAUCUGCAAUUAAAGCAGCAAACACUAGCAAAAGAAAGUUAUGUGAAUAUAUUACAUUAUUCUGUCACUGGGAUUAAAAAAGCGGUCUUCAUUUUGGAGUAUAUUCUCUUAUAACAUUUGUGCUGAGAUUUUUUGUAACUUGCAUAUCCAGACUGGAUUGGAUUUCUUUGACAAGGACUGCCAAACUCAUUUUACAGGUGAAGUGCAACAUUUACCAAAAAGGCUGCAACGGACUUUACUGAGAUAACAACAUUCCAUCAUGUCAACAGCUCUUGACUCCAGUAUGGACAGUCUUCAAAUUGGUACAAACGGAGAAAGGUCAGUGACUCCAUCUCCUCCAAAUUCUCCUCAACACAAUGAGAGCUGUAACAUUGCACCUCUUACGCCAUCCCAGUCACCAAGACAUCAGGCAAGAACGCAUCAUUCCCAUUCAUUCUCAGUGGUGGUCGCCAUCGAUUUUGGAACAACGUCCAGUGGCUAUGCAUUCAGCUUCACAAAAGACCCUGAGGCAAUACACAUGAUGAGGAAAUGGGAAGGAGGUGAUCCGGGAGUUGCUAACCAGAAGACCCCAACUAGUCUCUUGCUAACUCCAGAGCAGAAAUUCCACAGCUUUGGGUUCACAGCCAGAGAUUAUUACCAUGACUUGGAUCCUGAGGAUGCAAGGGAGUGGCUUUACUUUGAAAAGUUUAAAAUGAAGAUUCACAGCACCACUGACCUCACAAUGGAGACGGAAUUAGAAGCUGUAAACGGGAAGAGAGUGAAAGCUCUGGAAGUGUUUGCACAUGCUCUAAGCUUCUUCAAAAAGCAUGCUUUACAGGAGCUUAAAGAACAAUGUCCUGCUUCAGUGGAAAAUUAUGAAAUACGUUGGGUCAUAACAGUGCCUGCAAUCUGGAAACAGCCUGCUAAGCAAUUUAUGAGAGAAGCUGCUUACAUGGCUGGUUUAAUUUCUCCUGAUGACUCGGAUCAGCUGUUGAUUGCUCUUGAACCAGAAGCUGCCUCAAUAUACUGCAGGAAGCUCCGACUCCACCAGCUCAUUGAACUAUCUGAUAAACCAUUAGCAAACGGAUUUGAACCAGGCAGCCCUAUUAAUUCCAACUUCAGACAAGCAAGAGAACAACUUCGCCGUUCUCGCCAUAGCCGAACAUUUGUAGUGGAGACUGGCAUGGGGGAGCUUUGGUCAGAAAUGCAAACAGGUGACCGUUACAUUGUUGCAGACUGUGGUGGAGGGACAGUGGAUCUCACUGUCCAUCAAAUAGAACAGCCUCAAGGGACUCUGAAAGAGCUCUACAAAGCCUCAGGAGGACCUUAUGGAGCAUUAGGGGUGGACCUUGCCUUUGAGAAGCUCCUCUGCCAGAUUUUUGGAAAAGACUUCAUUGAGACCUUCAAAGCAAAGCGCCCAGCAGCUUGGGUGGAUCUCAUGAUUGCAUUUGAGGCUCGUAAAAGGACAGCUUCCCCAAGGAGGGCCAAUCCACUCAACAUCUCACUUCCAUUUUCUUUCAUUGACUUUUACAAAAAGCACACAGGGCAAAGUGUGGAGGCUGCCUUAAAGAAAAGCAGCAUGAACAUUGUGAAAUGGUCAUCGCAGGGUAUGCUACGAAUGACGUCUGAUGCCAUGAAUGAUCUGUUCCAGGAAACCAUCGAUCACAUUCUACAUCAAAUUGAUGACCUUAUGAAGAAACCAGAUGUCAGUGGUGUAAAGUUCCUGUUUUUGGUUGGUGGAUUUGCAGAAUCACCUGUACUUCAGCAUGCUGUCCAAUCAGCAUUUGGCAAGACCUGUCGGGUCAUCAUUCCUCAGGAUGUGGGACUUACCAUUCUUAAAGGUGCUGUCCUAUUUGGCCUUGAUCCUACUAUAGUAAGAGUAAGACGGUCUCCUUUGACCUAUGGAGUUGGUGUUCUCAACAAGUUUGUAGAAGGCAAGCACCCGAAAGAAAAACUACUGGUAAAAGAGGGGAAGAACUGGUGCACUGAUAUUUUUGACAGGUUUGUGUCAGUUGACCAAUCAGUUGCUUUAGGAGAAGUUGUAAAGAGGAGCUAUACCCCAGCCAGACUAGCACAGCGCAAAAUCAUUAUCAAUAUCUACUGUUCUGCCACUGACGAUGUGGUAUACAUUACUGAUCCAGGGGUGCGGAAAUGUGGAACGAUUAACCUUGAACUGUCAGAGCCAGAAGAAAAUAGUCCAAGAAAGGGACGCAGAGAGAUUCAAGCCAGCAUGCAAUUUGGGGAUACUGAGAUUAAAGUCACUGCUGUGGAUGUUGCCACAUCCAAAUCAGUCAAAGCAAUGAUUGACUUCUUGUCCAAUUAGAAAAUGUGGCAAUCACAAAAACAUUUCAUUCUCAGAAUGCAGUCUACCUUGUAUAUGCUCAGACAUAAAUUAACGACACUGGCAGCAAGGCUCAUAUUGUGCAACCCCCCACCCACGUCAUGAAGACAUACGAGGGAAACUAAUUACUGUGAUGCCAUUUAAGCUGCUCUAGAACAGUGAUAUGAAGCUGUACAGCAUUUUUGUAUAACAAGCAAGUUAUAAAAUCUAUUACGUUGCAUAAUUCUGAAGAGAUUCUAGUAUUAUAAGAUGCAGUAUGCUUCAUUAACUGUCAGCCUGAAACAAAAAUGGAUACUAAACAUAUUAAGGGGGUUGAUUAACCAAACUGUAACAUGUACUUAGUUCAGUGUUUCACUGAUGUUUUUGUUUUCUUUAUAUCAGUCAAAAAUACCUAUUUGAAUAGGUAACUAUUCUACGUAACUAUUUAGAAAAUUCAUUAAAAAUAUAUAUAUAUAUUCACAAA